AUGGGUAUAGCUGCAAGUGCAGGAAAAAACAACGAUGAAUUGGUUGAUAAUUUGGUCCAAGGGAAGUACAUCAGAUUCAGAUCAGUUGAACUGGCAAUGAGGUAAGAUAAUAUCGAAUUCUAGGGUAAUAAUAUCAGUUUAAUAUGCUAAAAAUACAUAAAUAUUGUAGAUUGGUGGACAGAGGAGAUUACUUUCCGGAAGAUGAGCGAGAAAAUGCUUAUAAAGACAUAGCUUGGAAGGAAAAUGACAGUUUCUCAGGACCUAUUCAUCUAUCAGCACCAUGUAUAUACGCGAACGCAUUGGAAUACCUUGACCUUCAGCCGGGUCUUUCUUUUUUAAAUGUUGGUUCUGGUAGUGGAUACUUCAGUACAGUAGCUGGAUUUUUAUUGAGUAAGUUGAGCUUCAUAUUAUAAAUAUUAUUUUAGCUGAAACUGGUAUCAAUCAUGGAGUAGAAGUGUACGAAAACAUGGUCGAAUAUGCAGAUACUCAUUUACAAAAAGCAUUGGGACGUCCAGCAGCGUCUGCAUUCAGCUUCGGUGCGCCUGUUUUCUUCCAUGGAUCAGCAUUUUUCACGAAGAACAAUAUCCAAUACGACAGAAUUUAUUGUGGAGCUCUUGUUCCUAAUCAGAGACGGUCUUUCUUUGCCAACAUGCUCAAGAUAAACGGGAUACUGGUGUGUCCUUAUGGGAACGAGGUACAGUUAUUGCUUUGAAGUUUGUAUUUUAGGUAUAAAGAUCUGUUAUUUAUAUUGACGUGUUUUAGCUGAUUCGCGUCAAACGUACGGGUCCAAGAUCUUUCGAAGUAUAUUCAGUCAGUCAGGUUUCUUUUUCUAACCUUAUUGCACCAGCUGAGACCCGUGAAUUCACCAAAACGUCAGUCGUUUUGCCACAUUUUGAGCCGAAAUCGUUGCAAGAAAUUUGUCGCUCAACUGUCAGAAAGGCAAUCAGAGACUAUAUUCACGACAAGCAUCCUCUAAAGCUACAUUUUGAAUGUGAUCCAGGAGCUAGAAGUAGUGGCCCGAGACGAGAUAACAAUGGUCUUGGAGCUGUGUUUCUGAUCGAUGGAGAUCAAGAUGAAGGUAGUGAUCAUGAAAGGGAAAAUGAAGCUGAGAGAGAGCCUGAAGACGUUGGAAAUGUCAACUUUGAUGAGAUGCACGAGAGGGUGAGACGGGAGAUGGAUGAGACGAUGGAGAUGUUCAGAGACAUCCAGAGAAGACAUGAGAAUAUCCGAAGAAGGAUGAACGACGAUCCACCUCUUCAAAGAAUAAUCGCUUUGGUACAAAAUGGUACGUUUUGUUUAUUAGUACUUUUAAGAAUAUUGUUUUACUACAGUUAAUUACAGUAUUGUCAAGCUACUAUUUUAGGUAACGAGAGAGACGAAAGAGUCAGAACAGAAAGAAACAACCGGCUGGCUGCAGUUGGUUUUGUGAUUGCUGAUUUGGAUGAAAAUGGUGAUGACCAUGAGGAUACAGACAGAAGACGGGUACCACCAGCACCACUUGGAUAUGCAUUCCAUGAUCAAGAGUUUGUAAGUUUCUCGUAUUUUUUAUUUUUAUAAUAUUGGUAUAGUUUUUUUAUUAUUGUUAAGGUUGCUUUUUUAAUUCCUUGUUUAAUACGAGGAAUCGUAUUUUACAAUUCACAUGAUAUCUUUAAUCUUAGCCAAGCGAGUACGAGAUUAUGCUGAAUGCUCCUGAAAUUGAUAACAUUGACAUGUCUCACAUUUUGCCAUCUUAUGCUAUGAGUCUGAUUACUCCUGCUUCAAAGCGUCGGAAGAGAAAGCCGAGUACAUCAUCAGGUAAACUAAGAGGCUUUUAUAUUUUAAUUUUUUGUUGAACUUACGGUACUAAACUUUUUUUUACUAACAUAAGGUAUAUUCAAUUGUUUUUAGUUCAUCGUCACAGAAGAGUGGAAGGCGGUGGCAAUGGUGGCAUCAGACUACACACAAUCACGUAUCGUGGAGGCAGAGAUCGCCACAGAAUCGAGCAUGUGGAACGUCUUAUUCACAGGUAAGCCUCUUUAUCUUUAUAUUAACUUGGUGUUCAGAUUACGCGAAACUACAGUACGCAGACAACGUGCCUUCCAAGCACGACACAACGAAAUCAGAAGACUGAGAUUGAGACUGAACAGAAGGAAUGAUGCGGCUACUGAAACCCCCAGAGAGAAUCACCAUGACGUGCAUGAUGAAGAUGAACCCACGUCUACUGCAAGGUUGGGGUUGAAUGCUGGUUCAACGAGUUCGCUGAAGUCGGAGAGAGACAAGGGGACCAAGCGAUCAGCUCCAGAUACCUUCAAUGAUUACGAUACGUGAGUUUUAGCUUGAUAGAUAAAAUAUUUUUUAAUUAUUAGAACAUUUUCUUCGAAACAUUUACAGUAGUUUUGUGAGUAGAAAUGUUUAAGAAGGUUCAUUUCCAGUAACGUCAAACGAAGCGCAUCCGAUGGCAAUAUCCAAGAAACGAGCACUCGUGAGGCACUGCGUAGUAGCUUCAGUAGCCCAACAUCAUCUACUGCUUCUGUCAGAGAAGAUCCAGUGGAAGAAGAAGCUACGAAUACGGAAAGGCCUGAGGCACAGACAUCGUCGCCGACAAGUUCAUCUUCUGAUGAUUUGUCUUCUGAUUCGAAUGAAAAUGAAAGUAGCGACAAUGUAGACAAAGAAGACGAGGAGGAUGUGAGUUGUUUGAUUUAUUAUAGUACUAGUGGGUUACUAUAACUUCAGUACCUUUUAUAAGUUUUUAAUUAUAUUAUAGUAAGAUUGUCGUAUUUUAGGAGAAACUGAACAAAGAACGUGAGAAGCGAGCUAACGAACAAAACCAGAGUCUGGAGACGUUUCACAAGCACUACCUCAAGUACCUGUCGGGUCUGCCAGUCCCCGAACGCCUUAUACGGUUCUUGAUGUUCGACGAAUAG